AUGCACACCAGAUCCAAAGGACGAGACAACCUCCUAAGUACAAGCGAUCUUGACAAAGCAGAGCAAAACAAACGGUCACGCAGAGUUACUUCGCGAACCAGAAGACAAGAGGUUCCGGACAUGGCAGCCCAACCCCAACAGGAAGGAUUCCCACCCGGACCGGAACAACAAGGUGGUCAGCGAAACAACCCACCUCUGCGACCUCACCGUCAAAUAGGUGCCGGCGAUGCACCUAACACUCACGAAAACCGUCAAGGCAUAGCCCCGCCGAAUGUGCACAACAACUUCGAAAUCAAACCGCACAUUCUGCAUCAAGUCCAACAAAAGAUCUAUCACGGUCUACCUGAGGAAGACCCGUUGGACCAUCUUGACGAGUUUGACAGAGCAUGUGAUUUGAUCACACAGAAUGGGGUAAGCGAAGACGCAACCAAACUUCGUUUAUUCCCAUUCUCACUUGAUGGCAAAGCUCGCCAAUGGGAAAAGACGAUACCUCGAGGGUCCAUAACAAGCUGGGAUCAGUGCAAGAAAGCCUUCUUGGCUAAGUUCUUCUCCUCAGUCAGAACUGCAAGCUUCAGAACCAACAUCUCAAGCUUCGCACAAAAGCACGGCGAGAGUUUCACAGACGCCUGGGAACGCUUCAAAGGAUAUCAGUCGAAGUGCCCACACCACGGUUUCUCUCAAGAGUCACUCUUAAGCACUCUAUACCGUGGUGUACUGCCUCGUUUAGGCAGAUGCUUGACACAGCAAGCCAAGGCAACUUCUUGGCCAGAGACGUCGACGACGGUCUGUUUUGGUGGAAAACAUGGCAAUGAGCAAUGGUACAUACGGCGAAGAUCAUGA